AUGCUGUUAAUCGGCCUUACUGGCUCCAUAGCCACCGGCAAAUCCACCGUUUCCUCCCUCCUCUCGGCGCAACCGUACAAUCUUCCGAUCAUCGAUGCCGAUGUCCUUGCUCGCAAGGUCGUAGAGCCAGGCACGCCCGGUUACAAUGCAAUCGUCGAUUACUUCGGCCCUACUACCCCAGAUCUCCUGCUUCCGGAAGAAACCGUGGGCCAAGGCCGCCCGUUAAAUCGUCCAGUGCUAGGUAGACGGGUUUUCGGCGACUCUGACGAGCGCAAAAAGGAUCGUGCUGUGUUGAAUGGAAUUGUACACCCAGCUGUAAGAUGGGAGAUGUAUAGAUCGCUCUUGAAAUACUAUCUACAAGGCCACUGGGCUGUCGUGCUAGAUGUUCCGUUACUAUUUGAGAGCGGACUGGAUGCACUCUGUGGAACGGUGAUUGUCGUUGGUGUCAAGGAUCCCGCGAUACAGAUGCAGAGAUUACGGUUGCGAGACCCGCACCUGAGCGCCGAGGACGCUGAGAAUCGUGUGAAGAGCCAGGGCGAUGUGCUUGGAAAAGUCGAGCGUGCAGAGUUUCGAGGCGUUGCGUCCGCGAGAGGAGUCAUCGUGUGGAAUGAUAGCGAUAAGGCAGCGCUGGAGGUCGAGAUAAAGAAAGCUAUGACACGCAUUCAAGCAUCAAGCCCGCGGUGGUGGGCUUGGGUACUCCUUCUGGUGCCGCCCAUUGGGAUCAGCGUUGCAGCGUGGAAUUAUGCGAUCAAUUACCGCGGAACAAAGCAAUGGCAGGAGAAACAGCUGAAAGAGAAAGCUAGACUUUGA